AUGGUAGCUGCCGACUACACCAUCGACAACGGUGCGACUGCUGCGCUGGACGUCGUUCUUUGGGUGCCCAAGCGGUUUCGAAGCAUUGAUCAUGUGACAGUGGUCUCAACGAUCGAUCAGGUGAGGUAUGCUUGCUUGUGCGGCGACGCGGGCAAGCUCGACAACGGUGACUCAAUUGCGCGUUACCGAAGUCGGCCUGGAGCCGCCAACGUGGCCCCGCUGCAGACACCGCUGCCGCUACCACUCUCGACAACUGGCGACUGCAUCUCGAUCGUGUGCUGAGGCUGCUGCUGACGACAUCGUAGACCAAGGUUCGUCGCAAUGUGGCACCACCGGCCAUCGUGGCUACCAUUGAGUGCCCGGCGGGGUUGUCAAAACUGUAAAUAAUCCGGAUAGAACUGUAAAAUAGCGUUUACAGUCGCACCAGUGGGGAAGCUCUAACGUGAUUACAUCGUUGACUGCCU